AUGCUGGCGUUCAUGUCCGACCUCAAGGAGAGCGGCCUGCUGGACGAGCACGGGGGGCACGCACCUGAAGGGACGGAGCGUGGGAGAGACAAGGAGGGUGCUGAAGGGAGUGCGGGAGAGGAGGAGAGGGCAGAGGGGGACGUGGCGAAAGGGGAGGCUGGGAGCGGGAAGGAGGGUGUGGGUAGGGAGGGGGAAAAUAUGAAAGAGGAGAAGACGAUAGAUGGUGAAGAGAGGUUGGAAGAGGAGGCGGAGGGAGGGCGAGAAGGGAGUGGCGGGGCAGCAGAGGUAGAGAGCAAAGCUGACUGGCAUAGUGAUGCUUGGGAAAGCCGUGAGAAGCAGGAGGGGAAAGUGAAGGGCGGGGAGGCGCAGGAGGGAGAGGGAGAGGAAAAGACAGGGGAGGCAGGGAAGGAAGGAGGGGAUGGUGUGCCUUCCCAUGGCGGUGGUGCUGCUGCUGGUGUGUGGCAGGCUGUGUUGGAGCCCGAGAGUGGCGAGUACUACUACUGGAACACCGUCACUGGAGAAACCUCCUGGUCAGUGCCGGACAAGGUUGUGCAAAACGAGGGUGCUGGGGUUGGGGUGGGCACGGUAGAGGGAGUGGGAGAGAAGGGGGGUAUGAUUGAGGGAGAUGAGGAGGUGGGGCGGUGUGAGAGCGAGAGGAGGGAGAGAGGGGAGGAGAAAGGGGAGGAGAGAGAGGAGGAGAAAGGGGAGGAGAGAGGGCAGGAGAGUGGGGAGGAGGGUGGUGAACAGAGACAGGAGGAAGCAGAUGAGACGAUGGGAAGUGCAGGGGAAAGAGAUGGGGUUGAGAGGAGGGAGAGAGAAGGGGAGCGGGUGAAGCAAGAGGACAGGUCUAUGCGAGAGGAAGGGGAGACGCAGCAGUGUGUGGAAGAGCAUGUGGGGAUGGACGAGGAGGGCAGUGACGGCUUGCGUGCACGUGAAGGCGUGCAUGCAGCUGUCCCUGCCGCUGCUGCUGUUCCCGUCCCUGUUCUUGAGGGCUCAAGGGAGCAAUCAGAGGGACAAGUAGCUGAGCGCCACCUGGCAGGAGGUGCUGCUGACAUGGCGAGCGCCGUUGCCAUGGCAGCAAUGCUGCAGUCCUUGCAGGAACAGGUCGAAUCAGCAGAGGCUGAGCUGGUAGCAACAGCUGCUGACAUGGCGGAUAAGACAGGUGACGCUGUAUCCAGGCUGGAGUCCGUGCAGCAGCAGCUGACAGCUGUCGAAUCCAGGCUUCCUGCUCCUCCCCCCACCUCUAACACUUCACCCUCUCUCCCUUCCUACCCACUGUCCCCCCCACUCUCCGCUUCCCUCACCGCCCUCUCCGCCUCUCUCACUCGCCUGCAGCUAGAGGCCUCCAUCCGCCUGUCAGACCUCAAUUCCCUCUCCCACCGCUUUGCACAGGCGUCUGCAGCAGCAGCGGUAGCAACAGCUGUAGCGCCCCCUACCACUGCAGCUGCUGCCCCUACGGCCCCCGCAGCUGUAGCGCCAUCAUCCUCUGCUGGAUUGCCAGAACCUCCCGUGCUACAGCCAUGGCAGGACCUGCAGCAACGGCUGCUACAGGUGCAGGUACAGCAGGGGUUGCAGGCGGGGCUGCUGGUGGUUGUGGGGUACUGCUUGGAGCAGGUGGGGCGAGUGGAGGGAGAGAGUGAGGAGGUGCAGGGGAGAGUGGAUAGAGUGAGGGAGCAGUGGGAGGAGGAGAAGCAACGGCGGGAAGAGGAAGAAGAGAAGCAACGGCGGGAAGCGGAGGAAAAGCAACGGCGGGAGGAAGAGGAGGAAAGACAAGGGCGGGAGGUAAAGGAGAAAAAGGGACGAUUGGAAGAGGAGGAGAGACGGGUGAGCGAAGAGGUGAGGCGGGGACGGGAGGAAAGGCAAAGGCAGGAAGAGGAGGUGGAAAGGAAUGAGCAGGUGAGGGGGGAGGUUGCAGAUAAGGUGAGAGAAACGGGGAAUCAGGAGGAGCGGGGUGGGGUGGAGAGGGGUUCUGGUCCGACCUGGAAGGGUAUGGAGCAGUACUCAGCAUCAGAGAGUGGGGAGAUUUCUCCAGAGGGAGAGGAGGAAGGAGAGGAGGAAGUGGAGGGAAGAGCAGGAAAGUGGGCGGUGAAGCAAAUUGGUGCUGGUGGGUUGGGUGGUGUUGAUGAUGGCAAUGAUUUUGAGGCGACUAGAAAGAGUGGUGCUAAUGGGUUGGGUGGUGGUGACGAGGAUAUGGAUGUCGAGAUGGAAAUGGAUGGGGUAGAGGGAGCAGGAGGAGGAGUGGGGCUACAGCAGCAGCAGCAGCAGCAGCAGCAGCUACAGCAGCAGCAGGUGACUGGCC